CUGGUGCUUUCUCUGAGGUAUUCAGCUGCAGCCCCUGCUCUUUUUGCCUUGUCACAGACAUCCAACUGGAGAGACCUCUAUAUCGCCCAGGAAUACCUUGACAAAUUUUACACAAUUCAAGGAGGACACCAAGUUGGGGAAAUGACAAGUGGUGGCACUUCCAUGACAAGCAAGAUUCAGCAAAUGCAGGCAUUCUUUGGCUUGCAAAUCACUGGAAAGCUGGACUAUAGCACCAUGGAUGUAAUAAAGAGGCCUCGAUGUGGCGUCCCUGAUGUGGCAAACUAUCGCCUUUUCCCAGGAGAACCAAAAUGGGAAAAAAGUACAUUGACCUAUAGAAUCAAAAAAUACACAUCCAGUCUAAGUCAUGCAGAAGUUGACAAGGCCGUGGAGAUGGGGUUGAAAGCAUGGAGCAUGGCCGCCCCUUUGAACUUUGUAAAGGCAAAUUCAGGAGAAGCUGAUAUCAUGAUAUCAUUUGAAAGUGGAGAUCAUGGGGACUCCUACCCCUUUGAUGGGCCUCGGGGGACGCUGGCACAUGCCUUCGCACCUGGAGAAGGACUAGGUGGAGACACCCAUUUUGACAAUGCAGAGAAAUGGACAAUGGGGAUGAACGGAUUUAAUUUAUUCACUGUUGCGGCUCAUGAAUUUGGCCAUGCACUCGGCCUUGCCCAUUCUACUGACCCCUCAGCGUUGAUGUACCCGACAUACAGAUAUCAACAUCCAUUUGGUUUCCGUCUUCCCAAAGAUGAUGUAAAAGGAAUCCAGGCACUCUAUGGGUCACGGCAAUCUGGAUCCAGGGUACCCCAAGCACCACAUCAUCCUGCUCCCAGACCACCCACGUCGACCAAUCCAGAUCACUGUGACUCCAGUUUUUCAUUUGAUGCUGUUACAAUGCUGGGGAACGAACUCCUUUUCUUCAAGGAUCGGAUUUUUUGGAGAAGGCAGGCCCAACUAACAACAAACAUCCACCCACUUGCCAUUACAAGCACGUUCCCUCAGCUCAUGUCAAAUGUCGAUGCUGCCUAUGAAGUAUCCGAGAGAGGAGUUGCUUAUUUUUUCAAGGGGCCUCAUUAUUGGACAACCCGUGGAUUCCAAAUGCAAGGUCCUCCUCGGAGUAUUGCAGACUUUGGGCUUCCUAGGAAUGUGCUGAACGUUGAUGCAGCAGUCCACCUGCGCGAUGAAAGGAAGACACUCUUCUUUGUAGGAGACGAAUACUACAGCUAUGACGAAGCAAAAAGGAAAAUGGAGAAGGACUUUCCAAAGAGCAUUGAGGACGAGUUCUCAGGAAUCAACGGAAGAAUAGAUGCAGCGGUAGAAGUGAAUGGAUUCAUUUACUUCUUUUCAGGCCCCAAAGCCUAUAAAUAUGACAAGGAAAAGGAAGAUGUGGUUAAUAUUGUGAAAUCCAGCUCUUGGGUGGGUUGCUGA